UAUCCCAAUGCGUUUUCAGUCAUAAUUCUCUUUUAAAAAAAACAAAGUUUUGUACAAAAAUUUACACAUAAAGUUAAAAUCGGUUAGACAAAAAAAUGUGCUUAAGACUACUUGGAAGUUGUCUCUGUUGCUGCUGCAAGUUGGGAUUUAAAUUGCUGUGCACUUUAAUCUUUUCUGUCGUCGGAUUAUUGAUAAUCGUGGCUUUAGUCGUAUACUUUUGUUUCUUCCACAACAAAACGGGCCAGACGACAGCAGCGGCUUUAACAACUACGGAUGCCUCAGCAAAAAUCAGAUCAUUACUUCACAGAAUAGUAGACGCAAUCUAAAAUAUUUAAGAGGCCUUUAAAGAUAUGGAAAAUUAUUAAAAUGAUGACUGCAAAUUAUAU